CCUCUCGUGGGAACACACCACCGCUGAUUUACGUGGGAAUGCGCGAUCGUAGUUUCCAAUUUAGUUUUCAACAACAUUCUUGUGAUUUAUACGAAACCGUUAACUGUUUCUAUUAACGUGUUUUAUUUGUAAUUCUUUGUUGCAAUUUAAGUCUGUUUAGUUUUGAAGAUAACUUGUGCUUAGCCGGGUGGACCCAGUGAACUUCCCUCAGCCCUCGUCAUGAAGAUGCGGGCGUGAGGCCGCCCUGACACCAUGGGCAAUACGGCACAGGGGCGGCGCAACUCUAUGCUGCCCAAGCAGGAGAGCAGCAGCAGUGACACAACUGCGGCCAAAGGUGGGAAGAACUCGAGACAGAACACUUUACAAGAAGAGGAAGACUGUGUGACGGAACUGCAGGGUGGUGGUGGAGGGGGAAACGAUGGAGGGGAGUCGGAGGCUCUGACCGAGCGGCAGAAGGAGCUGCUGACGGAGUCGUGGAAGGUGGUGGAAGGAGACAUCGCUAAAGUAGGAGUGAUUACUUUUAUCAGCCUGUUUGAGACACACCCUGAUGUUCAGCAGGUGUUUCUACCUUUCAACGGUUUGCCCAUAGACGAGCUGAAACACAGCAAACAAUUAAGAGCACAUGCUCUGAGGGUGAUGGCGUUCGUCCAGAAGGCUGUGGCAAGACUGAACGAACCGGAGAAGCUGACCACUCUGCUCAGAGAACUGGGGAAGAAACACUACGGAUACGGUGCCAAACAGAAAUACGUAGAUCUAAUUGGGCCUCAGUUUAUCCUUGCCAUCAAACCCUCCCUGGAGGCCCAGUGGUCGGACGAGACUCACGCGGCAUGGACAGCUCUCUUUGCCUUCAUGGGUUCUAUAAUGAAGGACGCCAUGUCCGCGGAGGAGGCCGCCCAGAAGGCCCAAUAGCUAGGGCGGAGGAGGUCUUCGUUCUCCCGGCGUCGCUGGAGCAUCGCGCGCUCCAAGCAGUAACCGGUGGGACUUCCUCCUCUUCACCUUCACCUUCUGGACUCGUUGUUCAUGUGUAUCCUUGUCGUGGUGGUAAUACUGUCCUCCCUGAUCUGUACAUAACCUUUGACUUACCUUCAAGUACAGUGAUACCAAUUGACUGUUUGACUGAGAACCAUGAGUUCGUUGUUCCUUUAAGACUUCAGUGCCGACUUUGAACCACUUUGAUACACUAACCUAUAAGAAAUGGAUCUCGUGCUUACAUUGGAAGGAUAGUUUAUUGUAAGAAUCAUCUUCCAGAUUUAAUUUAAUUAACAUUUAUAAUACGAAACGUUAAACAUGAAAAAUAUUACACAUUAUAGAAAUAAUUUAUAUUAUUAAACACAGAAUUUGAAUCACACACGUUUCUGUUUCUUCUAUUUGGUAAUGAUUUUCAACCAUUAGUCUCUAAGGUUAUUUUGAUUAUAUAAUAUAUUAUAGUUUAAGGAAUGUAUCAACGCACAAAAUUGGUAAUACAUUUAUUCUUAACUAACAACUUCAUAAAAUUAUAUUGGAAUUAAAAUCUGAUCCUUUUCAAAUUUAAAAUUCCUACACCACUCUACACAUCAACAAUACAUGUCAAAGUAAUAAAUGUUAACCUCAUGUAUUCAAUAUUUUAUGAAUAAUUCAUCAAUAAUUUUUAAUGAUAUUAAGUGUUUUGAUAUACAUCCAGUAAGGUAUACUAUUUUUGGGUGCUACAAAAUAAAAUAAUGUCUCGGAAACAUGUAUACACUUCAUUAAUGAAAAUAUAAAUUGAAAACGAUCAUCUACUACUUAAAAACCUACUUAGCAGGAGAAUUAAUAUAUUAUAAUAUAAUUUGUUUUUAAAAUUUUUUAUCAAUUCUCUUUCUCACCUGUCUAUUAUAGUAGUAUACUUGUUGAUCCUUUUUAAAGUAAUUUCGCGAAGACCUACAGGAUUAAAAUAUUUAACAUAGCCCAAAAGUGAACGACUGUGCGAUAAUAUAGAGUAAUUUAUACUGUGCAAAGAGAAAUGUGUAUGCAAUAUCUUAGAUAAAACAUUUUAUCGGGAUUUUUUUGUAAAAUUAGAUGGUCGAAGUAUGGUUUCUAGAUAAAUUGAUCGAAACCUAAAGAUUUCAUCGACUCGCUUUCAUUUACAUCCGUUGAACACAAACUGUUUUUAUGUCCCAAUUCUCUUGCCUAUCGCUUAAUCAUGUUUGCUGAAGACCAGUUGGAAAACGAGAUUUUGACGUAACUAGGGGCAAGCAUGGGAGGAAUUUUGGAGAAGUAAGAAGCAGAGCAAUGAAAAUUUGUGCUCACGUAUAAAAUCUAUCAAUUGUACGUAUCGUCAUACAGACAUUUUAUUUCACGGUUUUGACACAAGUGUAUAAAAAAUUACAUAUUUAGCGUUUAGUGUAAUUAUAUGUAAUUUCGAAUAAAUAUAUCAAACAAUGGCCAUAAUGGUACGAUUGUAAUACGGACUACUGUACCGCCAAACAAUACACAAUGGGACAGCAUUCCAUGAAUGAUGGUAUAAUGCCGUGUUGUGUCGACUCUUUCCAAGAGAUAAAGAUGAUACAAAUUGCAAUGCUGCGUGCCAUUUAUAUUAUCUGUACACACAAAAAAGUAAUAAUGUAAAUAUAAAUUGAAUUUUUGAACAAUAAUAGAGCUAAACUUCCAAACACGACAAGUAUAUGAAAUAAAAUAGUUCAUGAUGUGUAUGCAGUUUUGAGACACUAUAUAUCACUCGUAAGUCACUAGUCACGUUUUAUAAUUGUAUAACUACUAAAGCUCCUCCUAAAAAAUUUUCAUACGACAUAAUAUAAAAUUAUUAUAAAAAUACAUCUCUAUAAAAAUAUUUCAAUAGGUUUUGGCAGAAGUGUAGAAAAUAUGUUCAGUCAUAUACCUUUGAAAUAAAGAUUAAUUGUCAAAUGUAACUUUUGCAGUGCCUAGAAUAGUAUUAGCUUCAAUGUGUCCCAUCAUGACAUACUAUAUUUAUAGUGUAUAUAGAUUAUUGGUUAAUGCAUGUUGCUAAUUAUUUUCAUCCUAUUUUGAGUAUAGUUGAAACAUCUAUAAUUUUUUCAGUGAACACGAAACUGUGUAUAACAACAUUUACAAGACAGUCUAAAGCUAAACAGUGUAGUUGUUUAAUACAAAUUUAUUUUCUGAAUAUUGCCUUUUAUUUAUAUUUACAUCAUACAAAUUUAAUUAGAAGAUUAAAAGACACCUUUCAAAAAUAACUGUUUAUUCAAGAUUAUUGUUUUAGUGGUAGUAAUUAUUAAUGCUGAUUAAUACUUAUUCAUACUGAAAUUUUAUAUUUUAUAAUAUUAUUACCACAUUGAAAUGAUUUAACACGUCAAAACUAUGUUAAUAUAGCGUAAUAUACAAUACUGACUAAUCCCAAAUAAUAAGUAAUUUAAGUUUGAAUUUCUAAUGUAUUAUAGUACAUAUACAGUUUCUUUAGUGUUUUGCAAACUCAAGAGUGAUUGAAUUGCAACAUUUAUAUGGGUUGUUAAAUAUUAAUUAUCACUUGGUUGAGUUUGGCAAAUACUUUAGUAGUUAUUGAGUUUGAAUCGAAUUCCUUCAAACAUUCUACACUGUAUAAACAUGUAUAUGUAAAUAGUAUUAUGAAGUGAUAUCACUUGAUGUAACAGGUCAUUUAUAUUGUGUAGAAUGCUAAAGUAAUAGCAUUUAUUUAGAAACGGCAGUUAAUUACAGUUAUUUAAUUAUUAUUUUAAAUUGUAAUUAAAACUAUGCUGUUUCAAAGACUCUAGCAAAUGGUUAAAUGGCUUUAAUCGGAUUCCAUUGUAUAUAGACAACUAUAAAAUGAGUAUAUUGUAUGUUAAGUUGGUAUUACACAGUGGUAUGAUAAAUAAACUAUUUAUUGUAAA